UGCAGCCAUUGCACCGCUGAGCAUCCCACAUUCAACAGGAGGAACCCGCGGGAGAGGAGCCCCGAGCCCCCCGCGCCUCAGCCGCUGCAGCCCGUGCGCCCUGCGCCCGCGCGCGCCAUGGCCAAGGAAGGCGUGGAGAAGGCGGAGGAGACGGAGCAAAUGAUCGAGAAGGAGGCAGUCAGGGAGCCGGCGGAGGGCGGCGGCAGCUCUCACCGCCUCGGGGACGCCCAGGAGAUGCGCGCCGUGGUGCUGGCCGGCUUCGGGGGGCUCAACAAGCUGCGGGUCACCAGGAAGGCCAUGCCCGAGCCGCAGGACGGCGAGCUCAAGAUCCGCGUCAAAGCCUGUGGUUUAAACUUCAUUGACUUGAUGGUGCGACAAGGGAAUAUCGACAACCCUCCCAAGACCCCCCUGGUGCCAGGAUUUGAAUGUUCUGGGAUUGUUGAAGCUCUCGGGGACAGCGUUAAAGGAUACGAGAUCGGGGACCGUGUCAUGGCGUUUGUCAAUUACAAUGCCUGGGCAGAGGUGGUCUGCACACCAGCGGAAUUCGUCUACAAGGUCCCAGAUGACAUGAGCUUCUCCGAGGCUGCUGCAUUCCCCGUGAACUUUGUCACAGCCUACAUGAUGCUCUUUGAAGUUGCCAACCUCCGAGAAGGGAUGUCUGUGCUCGUACACUCUGCUGGCGGCGGCGUGGGCCAAGCUGUGGCUCAGCUGUGCUCCACUGUCCCCAGUGUGACUGUCUUUGGAACAGCGUCUACUUUCAAGCAUGAAGCCAUCAAAGACUCCGUGACUCAUCUCUUUGACAGAAAUGCAGACUACGUGCAGGAAGUGAAAAGAAUCUCUGCUGAAGGAGUGGACAUUGUUUUGGAUUGCCUCUGUGGGGACAACACUGGAAAAGGUCUCAGCCUUCUCAAACCCCUGGGAACCUACAUUUUAUAUGGUUCCUCCAACAUGGUGACUGGAGAGACCAAGAGCUUCUUUAGCUUUGCAAAAUCAUGGUGGCAGGUUGAGAAGGUGAACCCCAUCAAGCUAUACGAAGAGAACAAAGUCAUCGCUGGGUUUUCCCUUCUAAACCUGCUCUUCAGACAGGGCCGCGCUGGCCUCAUUCGAGGAGUGGUGGACAAGCUCAUUGGGCUCUACAACCAGAAAAAAAUCAAGCCCGUGGUGGACUCCCUGUGGGCCCUGGAGGAGGUGAAGGAGGCCAUGCAGCGGAUCCACGACCGAGGGAACAUUGGAAAGUUAAUUCUGGAUGUAGAAAAGACCCCGACUCCGCUGAUGGCCAAUGACAGCACAGAGACCAGCGAGGCGGGCGAAGAGGAGGAGGACCACGAGGGUGACAGUGAGAACAAGGAGAGGAUGCCCUUUAUCCAGUAACCCGGGACCCAGGCAGGAGGAUGUGAAGGAUGCUCUGGAGAAAGAGGAGCCGGCUGAGAAAACUCUUCUGUGCCCCAGUGAACAAAUGCUGUAGUCCAGUGUGUGUUGUGUUUGUCUGCUGUCAGCUGAGCUAAAAAGCUGUUGAUCACUGUUGUUUUUGAAAUUAAGUGCCAAUCCCAUUCCAUGCAGUAUUAUGUCCUUCCCCCAUCUGUGUGUUACACUCUCCCCACUCCCUUGUUUCAAAACCAUCCAUCUUUGGGUCCUUCUCGACAGUUCUAGAACAGCCUUGCAAAUUGAUACAGGCCCACAGGUCCAUUGCUUAAGAGACCAGACAUGGGCAAAGACAAGUUGGAUUGAAAGGUGUUAUCACAGAGCACUGUCCUAGAAUUCUUCAGGCCAAUGACACUUUUUGCUGCCAGCUGCCCAUGCUUCUGACAAGAGCACUUGCCAGUUUGGCUGGCAGAAAGAGGGUAGGCCAGGAGACGUUUUCACAAGCCCGUGAGUUUAGGAUCUCUCCAAGUUGUACUUUCCUACUUCCCAUUGAAGAGGCAACCUCCUUACAUUCAUUCAGGUGUUUCACGGUCAAAAGGUUAAUCCAACCUCCCCUUACCCUCUGAUGCUUGAUUCCUUCACCGGUUCUUAACCAUAAACAUAGGGAAAUAGAUGUGGAUUUUUCAGGAUAGAAGAUGGGUCAACAGCCAAAGUAUGAGGACCAGCCACAGAGAUCCCUACUCUGAAAGCACAUCUCAUGAGCAAAAUCCUCUCCCCACCAUAUAUAUUUAAUUUUAAGAAAACUCACCAGGUGUGGGACUAUUUCAAAGUCAUUACUGAGACUCGCCUAUGUUUGCACACUUGCCAUUGGCAUUACCGAUUUUGCUCUUUUCAUUUCCUGGUACUGAAUAGCAGCCUUUACCUUGGAUCCCCCAAGAAAGAUCUCCUUUGUAGACCAUAUUUGGGGGAAAAAAAAUCAAUGAGUAUCUUUCUUCUUGCCAAAGCGUGUUCUAACGUGUCACAAACUCUCGCGAUACAAAAGUCGAUGUUUAGUACCUGAUGCCAAAUAUGUGUUCCUCUCCUCUGAAAUAUAAAAUUAUGGUGCAGACUC